GUGUGUACGCUAUCGCGCCGACGCUAUUUUGCUACUGUUUUACGUUGAAUUAAAAUGCCGAAGAUCAAUCGUACUUACUGCGCAGUCUCUGGCUGCCUUAGCAACAAUAUCAAGAAUCCGGAUUAUUCAUUCUUUUCGAUACCUCGUGAAAAAGAAAUUCGUCUACGCUGGCUACAGGUAAUAUCCCGAAUGGACCUGACCACCUAUAGCUACCACCGCGUAUGCGAGGAGCAUUUCAAGCCGGAAGACAUCUUGGUGAAGUCCACGAGGAGGCUCCUCAAGAAGGAUGUUAUGCCGACUUUGAAGCUGCCUGUUAACGUUGCCGUUGUCCAAUCGCCUGCAGAAGAAGAAGAAAUUAAGCAAGAAAUAGAAGACUCCUUCUCAGAACACGAAGACGAUAUACUGGAAGCCCUGGAAAGCAGAAAACGACAGAACGAGUCUGAUCCCUUAGCUGAAUCCAGCAAGAAAAUUAAAGAAGAAAAUCCAGACCCCGAUGACUUUACUCUAGAUGAUUCUCCAAAAUCCGUAUUUAGUGAGAUGAUAGAAGAAAUGCAGAAAACAGGGGGUUUUAUUUCACAAAUGGACGAAACUGAAAUGGAAACUACACAACCUGAAAUAAUAACAGUGCAGCCAAUAACACAAGCCAGACAGAAAUUUAAUUUUAAACCUAGUAAUAGUGAGCCUGUAGUAAUACAAGUGCAACCAAUAAUAGAAGCGAAACAGCAAUUUAAUUUUAUACCUAGUAAUAGUAAGCCUAAAUUAAUACCAGUGCAGCCAAAAACAGAAGUCAAACAGAAAAUUUAUUAUAAACCUAUUAAUAUUAAGCCUAAAGGAAUACCUGAUAUUCCAUCAGGAUCAAAACUUAAAGACUUAUUGACAGUUGACAUGAAACAUAACAAGAAAGACAAAGAGAUUUUUCCUACGGAUUUCAUGAAGUCUGUGCUAAGUUCGCAGGAAGAGAUUCUGACGAUAUUAAAGAGUCAGGUGUUGUUGGAGAAUCCUGAUCCUGAUUUGUUAACGUUUCUGAGGUUGGUAGGAAUGAGGCUUUCUCGACUCAUGCCAAUUGAAAGGAAAAAGAUGCAAAAUGAGAUUAUUAAUAUUUUAGAUAAAAAAUAAUGUAAGUAGUAGUGUUAACGACUUAAGUCUGUUAUGUUAAGUACCAUUGAUGAUGUUGACAUUUAUAAAAUUGACCUUUGACAAUGAUUAACGUCAAAACUUGUUUAUACGUAAAAUUCUAUACUUCUUAAAAUUAGAUUUGUUGUCUAUUGUAUAA